GGCUUAGGUCAAGGGCUUCACGAGAUACGAGUGACGAUACCUAUACGCCCAGAAUACGCCCCCAUUUCGAUCCCAAAGGCUGAGACCGCGCCUCUAGGCCAUGGCCGAGGCCGUCUCUAUAGAUCACACUGUCACCGACCCUCCGGUCGCCCAUGUCGGUCCGGAGCAAAAUUUCGAUAGCCUAGCUCCUCCGGAAAUUUCGGAAUCGCAUGAUGGCGAUGACACGAUCGGCGCGCGAUUGAAGAAGAGGCGACGGACUUCCUCCAACACAGAUGACAGCUCGGGAAAGAAGUUAAAGCAGGCAUUGGAAGCCUCAGGACAUGCCUCCAUUCCAGACUCAAUUCCCGAGUCGCCUUUUGAGCAACAUCCGGCCCCUCCGUCCCAUCCGCCUUUGCCAGAGCUGGGUGACCCGCAACCGCCGCUGCCGAGCAUUGAGCAACCGGCCGUCUCUCAGGAGGUCGUGCAUGAGCCAUCGCAGACGGACUCGACUGUUGAUCCUCCUCCUGAUCCUUCUGCCCAGGACCCCUGGGAAGCUGCAAUUGCUGGACUGGUAGAUUACCAGUAUCGCAACGAAACGAACGCAGCUGAACGAGAAAGCGAUGGCCAUGAUGUCUUCGACACAAACAAUUGGAUGUCCAACGAUGCCAUCAUGCAUCUUAGGGUUCAGAGUCUGCCAAUCCUAGACAAUCUGUCAACACAGAUACUUUCUACGCUGGCGAAGAGCUCGUAUCAGGAUAUCCUCACUAUUGUCACGGAACCUGACUCCGACGCGGGUCACGCAUAUGCUACGCUCAAGUCUCUUUUUGACCACACGAAAAAGGUUUAUUCCCAGCAUGAGCCUUUCCUGUCGGCUUUCGACUUGAGUCUUCACGAGCAGGCUCAGCAUGAUACGAUCCGAAAAUCCAACCUCGCAACUUUCGUGUCUAGUGUCUUUGGAAGCCAAGACGUUGGUUUUUAUCACCUGAAUGAAUUUUUUCUUGAGACGUUUGUUCCAGAUGGGGGCCGUCUUCUGAAAUCGCAGGGCGCAUUGUAUCUCGAUCUGAAGACUCAAGCAUACAUCUCGGCCAUGUCAAAUGGCGAAAGGACAAGGGAAGAGAUUCUAGACGAUCUUUUCCCAAAGGACUUGGAGGACCGUUUGCUUGGCCGACGGCCAGGUGCCAAGCAACUGGCGCCCAGUGAGCAAGACUUUGUCAAGCGUGCCUACAGUAGGCGUGACCACCUCUUGGCGGAACCGAACGACGAGGAACAUCUAUCCGCAUUGCCCGAUAAGUAUGUCUGGGAGGAUCUCCUACGUGAGGUCUGCAACUACGUCAGUAAGAAUUUUGAGUCAAUUGUGACGCCUCAGGCCUCAAGAAACCGGUCCUCGUACUCUGGGACGGAAUUUCAGCCCUCCAUUUCGGAGGAACCCCCGCAAUAUACUCACGAUCAAAAUGUGCACACUGCAACCCAGGGCUACGAUCAAAAUAAUGACGAUGUGGUUGCGAAGGCAGCAAAUGCUGUUCGAGUUGCUUUAUAUGGCACUCAGCACGAGGGUCAUGCAUCACACACCCCGCCACAAGAACAGCAUCAGCCUGUGCAGGAGAACCGAGCCCACAUGCUCUGGAAUCAUGAUCCGAAUGCCGCUCAACAUGCGAAUGCGGCACCGGCCAUGGCUCAAACACUGGGCGAAGUCCCUGAUAUACCUUAUCACACUCAGACUGCACCUACUCAAGUUCUCUACGAGCGAGCAAGACAAGCUGCCACCGCCAAGGCUUCGCCGAACAAUCGCCGUGCUGGUCUUCCCAGCCAGCGUCGCCCUUGGACUACUGAGGAGGAGAACGCCCUGAUGGCCGGUCUCGACCGAGUCAAGGGUCCGCAUUGGAGCCAGAUUUUAGCCAUGUUUGGCCCGGGCGGAACGGUGAAUGAAGUACUGAAGGACCGUAAUCAGGUGCAGCUGAAGGAUAAGGCGAGAAAUCUGAAGCUUUUCUUUCUCAAGAGUGGCAUAGAGGUGCCGUACUAUCUUCAAUUUGUCACUGGUGAAUUGAAGACCAGAGCACCUGCGCAAGCGGCUAAACAUGAAGCGCGCGAACGUGCUAGGUUGAAGGGCGAAGAGGAUCGGGCACACAUUGAAGGCGUUAUGGCUCUCGCCAACGGCUCUCGCGCUGACAGCACGGAAAUGAGCCCGGCGGCGACGUCUAUCAUGUCACAACCACCGCAACAUCACCCGACUGCCCAGCACAUGCCUCAGCAAUUAUCUCAACAGAUCCCGCAGCAGAUGCCUCAGCAAAUACCCCAGCCGAUGGCACAGCCAAUGCCACAGGAGAUGCCUCAACAGGUUCCACAGCAGAUUCCCCAGCAGCUUCCUCAGCAAAUUCCCCAGCAGAUCUCUGAGCAAAUACCUCAACAAGUCUCUAAUCCUGAUGCCGACUACGAAAGGCGGCUCGAGCAAACGCUCCGAGCAGCGGAGUUUACGGGUCAAAGCGAAGGUUAAAUGGUUGUAACGCUCUUUAUUUUGAUGAAAGGUUCAAGGCGCGGAAAAGGUUAUGCAUAGCAUUCUGGCGCGAAAGGUUUGUAUUUAUUAUAUUUUCCCUGGUUUGUUACGGAAACAUCAAGUCGGGUGAUCUGACUGGUCAUGGUGCGUCCGCUGGGUUUCUGAAAAGUUUUGAAUUUGCUUUUUGCUCUUUCAUCACCGUUUUGCCAUUCUUUCCCAUGGUCUGGCUCCGGGAUGUUUGGAAAUGGAGGUGCUUCUAUGGACGGCGUUAAGGGGUUUUAGCUACUUCUUUUCUAGUGACACGAAGUUUACGCAAAUGUACCAUAACUAUUCGAA